AGAGGGGGCAAGAAAGAGAAAACACGGGGAACAACGGGGAAGCUAAUUAUCGGAAAAAUCCGUUAAUCAUCGACUUUAUUCGGCUAAUAAUAAUAACAGUAAUAUUAAAAUAAAUUAAAUAAAUAAUCGUAAAUAAUUAUUUAUCAUUUGAUUUUUAUAAAAAAAUAAUAAUUGAUAAUAUGUCAUUUACAUCAAGGUUAAUAUUAAUCCUAGAAAAUAGAUUAAAAAUAGCUGAUAAGAUUAUAAGUAUUUUGAUAAUAAAAUAUACCUGAAUUGUUAGUUGCACUUUUAAAAAACAAUAACAAAAAAUAUUAAUAAUGCAAUUAUUUGAAUUAUUUAUAUUUUUAAUAAUUUUUAAAACAACAAUUUGUACUGAUUGUCAAGAAUCAGUAGGUAUCAAUGAAAACUGCAAAUGUUCAAAGUGUCUUCCAGGAUUAAUUUGUUCACCGGAUGAUAUUUGUGUUAUUGAUAAAGGUACUUGUGAGUCACAAAAAUGGGAAGAACCAAGAGGAUUAUGGACACCUUGCUGUGAUAAGGAUACAGGUGAUUAUUGUCCAAGACAAUGUAAAGGAGAAUACAGAACAGGACGUUGCUUUUGUUAUAAUUCAAAAGGUUCAAGAAUUUUUGGAUCAGCAUGGUGGAAAGAUGCUGCCAAUAUGACAUGUGCUUGUAGCAGAAAAAGAGAAGAGUUAAAAAAUUCAAGACCAGAUUUAUCAAUUCAUUGUACUGAAAAUGGUAAUUAUGAUGAGCUCCAAUGUGAUAAUGGAUUAUGCUGGUGUGUUGUACCUGAAACUGGAAAACUUGUUGAAAAAGUUUAUCCAGAAUCUAUGAUGAAAUUACUUCCAUGUUAUAAUGAGACAAAAGUUGGUAGUCAAUAUUUACGACAAUGUGAAAGUAAAAAAAUUUCAAGAGCUGAAAUACUUGAUAAAUUAAAAAAACAUGGUAGACCUUUUGCACAUAUUGAUGAUGCUUUUUGUGAUGGUGAUGGAAGCUAUGGUGUCUACAAGCUCAGUAAAAAAGUUGUUUUUUGUACUUGGAAAGAUUCAAGUAGACUUGAUAAUUACCAAAGUACAACUGCAAAUAUUCUCUCCAUGAAUUGUAAUUGUGCACGAGACAUGAGAAUAUAUCAAGAAAAUAAAAUGAGCUUGUUGUUGAGCUGUGAAGGAAAUGGAAAUUAUGAAAAAUUACAAACAAGUAAUGGUUAUCCUUUUUGUGUGGAUGACGAUGGUUAUGCAACAACUCCUCUUGGACCUUUUGGAGAAACAUGUGACUUUAUUUCGAUACUCGUGUCAAUGUCAAGCAAUGAUAAAUCUAUAUACUUUUACCUUGAAUUUAUAAAUUUCCUUUUAAAGUAA